AUGCAGCCAUCUAGGAAGGACGUGUCGAAACCUGACGAUGACGACGAUGAAGAUGAUACCGACUAUGUUCCUCCCGCUGCUCGGGCAGAUUCCCCGGACGACUCAUCUGACUCUGAGGAUGGGAAGCCAGGACCAAGCGUGAAGCGGCGCAAGACGUCCCCAGACUCUGCAGCAGAGCAAGUAGACGCCAAAAGCCAGAAGAACGCCCGCGAUGCCCUGUGGGCCGAGUUUCAGAGCACAGUCGCGAACCCACGUCCAAAAGAGGGACCUCCUGCGAGGAGACGGAUAAAGGUAGAGAAAAUAUAUCGCUUUGCGGGAGAAGAUGUAUGCGAAGUGGUGGAGGUGGACGAAGACUCGGAGGAUGCCAAAAGGUGGCCUCUGUGGCGUCCCUCAGUGGACAACUCCGGUGCUACCACCUCUGAACCGGCAUCGAAGGCGGCGAUACCCAACCCAGCCCACUCGGAAGUAAACGCAACUUCCGCAUCUCCUGCAUCAACGCCGACUGUACAUUCCGGUUCCGUCGCAUCCGCAACCGCAUCCACCCCUGCUCCCAACCCCCAGCCAAAACCCCCCGCAAAACGCCUCGGCCCGCGCAAAUCCAAGCUAUCGUUGAGCUCCCUCCCAGACCCUUCCUCGUCCACAUCCAAACCGAAGAAGCUCUCGACGCUCGACAAGUCCGCGAUGGACUGGCAAGCGCACCUAGCCUCAGCCGGUGCGGAUAAGGACGCCCUCGAGGCGAACCGGCGCGGCGGAGGCUACCUUGACAAAGUUGAGUUCCUUGAGCGCGUCUCGGAACGGCGCGAGGAUGCGCUCGAGAAGAGCAAGCCAUCCAAGAGGCGGCGGUGA